AUGAAGCUAUACGAUUUAUUUUUUAAUACUUUAGCAACUACAAACGAUUUUGAAUUAGCAAUUAAAGCCGUAGAAAAUGAGAUAUUAAAAAGAAAAACAUGUUUACCACUACAAAAUUCAGAUACAUAUCAAGAUCUUAAAAUUAAUUUAGAGAAAAUUAUAAAACUAGAAAAUAAACACAAACUUAUUACGAAAAUAAAAAUUCCAAAAAAGAAUAAAAAUAAUUUAAAUAAAUAA